AAGCACGUUGCAAUGGCUCCCGCCGCGAUGUCGUGGAUCAUGAUCGUCGUGGUGGUGGUCGGCGUCCGGCCGUCGUGCCGCGCCGAGUUCACGGUGGUGGUGCCGAGUUCAUCCGAGGCGGCUCUGAUGAACGCGCCGCACACCGGAUUCUCGGACCGCGCGCGCACCGACCCGGCGGAGCAGCGCGCAGUGCAGGAGGUGAUGGCGGCCACGGGCAACGGCUGGGCGUGGGGCAUCGCGGACGUGUGCGGCGGCCGGUGGCACGGCAUCGAGUGCGUGCCCGACCGGGACGACGUCUACCACGUCGUGUCCCUCGCCUUCGGCACGCUCUCCGACGACACCGCGUUCCCCACAUGCGACGCGGCGCGCGCCACGCUCUCCCCGGCCGUGCUCGCGCUCCCGCACCUUCGGUCGCUCUUCUUCUACCGCUGCUUCACGGCCAACCCGCAGCCCAUCCCGGCGUUCCUCGGCCGCCUCGGCCCGGCGUUCCGAUCUCUGGUGCUUCGCCAGAACGGCCACGUUGGCCCGAUCCCCGCGGAGCUCGGGGAACUCAAGGCGCUACGCGUGCUCGACCUCCACGGCAACCGCCUCACCUCCGCCAUCCCCGCAACCAUCCAGUCCCUGAGCCACCUCCAGAUGCUCGACCUCAGUUACAACCGCCUCGGCGGCCAGGUACCGCACUUCAAGUUCCAACGCCUCAGCAUCCUGGACCUCAGCUACAACGCGCUGCAGGGCCGUGUGCCAGCGAGCCUCGGCCAAUGCCGGUCUCUGCUAAAGAUUGACCUCAGCCAGAACUUCCUCGCCGGCACGAUCCCGGACGCACUCGGCAACCUGUCCGACCUCACGCUGCUGGACCUCAGCCACAACGCGCUGUCCGGCCCGAUCCCGGCCGCGUUAAACCGGUUGUCAUCGCUGCGGUCGCUGAUCCUCAGCGACAACCGGAUGCAGUUCACGACUGUGCCCGGCGACUUCUUCUCCGGGCUCAAAGCGCUGACCACGCUGGUGCUUUCCGGAAUGGGACUGUCCGGGUCAUUGCCUGAAUCUAUCGGGGACCUGAGCAAGCUCCGGGUGUUGCGCCUAGACAACAACCAGUUCACCGGCGUGAUACCGGUGAGCUUCCGGCAGCUGGAGAGGGUGAGCGAGCUCCGAAUCGACAGCAACCGGCUGGUGGGGCCGAUACCGUUCGGCCAGGAGAUGAUGUGGAGGCUGGGCAAGAAGCUGCGCGUCGGGGGCAACGAGGGGCUGUGCUACGACACCAAGCAGGAAGGCCUCGAGGGCGUCAUUGCGCUUGCCGGCGUUGCGGACUGCGACAGCGUGAGGAGCCGUACGACGCAGCACUUGGUUUGGAGCAAUAGCACUUUAGGUGGCCGCGGCGGUGCUGUGGCUGGCGGGACCUCAUCGUCUGCUUCCGGCAGCCGUAACGCAGGUGGCGUUGGUGUUGGGAGUUGGCUCUUGCUCGUGUCUCUGUACCUUGCAUGGUUUGUAGCCUUGCAGUGGUAGGUGGGCCGGGUUGUGCUGAUUGGUUGAACUGUGAGUUGUGGUGUAAAGAGUGCAGGGAAUUUUUUGUACGAGGGGAA